AUGGGUAAUAUGUUCUCAAAAAAUAAGUUGCUCCAAUCUGACCUAGCUGGCGAGCGAUCCCAGUUCGCGGCAGAGAACAAGACAGCAAGCGAGCGUACCUUUGUUCGCUUCUUCUCCACCAAGCACGGAAGUUUAAGGAUAACUGUAGGUCGGUGGCUGCCUAAGGAAACUCCGAUUCGAUCCGCCCCCCCGGCUGGGAGGCAUCUACCUCAUCCCGAUCACAAGGAGAGGUUCACCAUGAUGGGGGUAUGGCGUUCCCCCCUCUCCUUUCAGUCGAGCUACUUCGUUACCCUCUCCUCUCCUAACGUCGUCGAGCUAAGUACAACGGCCCGAGCAACCAGACUUAACAUAAAUGUAGUCACUGGAGCCAUUCUAAAAAGGGAGAAAUUAGCACUACUUGGUGAAAUAGGUUCUUUUAGAAUCAAUUUCAAACCAUCUGCUAGAGGUUGUAACAAUCCGAACGAUCCCACUACAUCAGGACCCUUUCGACGUUGCACAAAAGCCAUUACUUUACGUUCAGCUAGCACUAAAAGGCUACUCCUAGUAGAAGUGGUAGAAUUAUUCCAAGUAUUUCGGCUGGAACAGCUAUGUACGUUUUCGAUUUUCUAUUCACUCAUGAUCUGGCCUGGUCGACUCGAUCAUGAUAUUUCACUCAUGAUCUGGCCUGGUCGACCCAAUCAUGAUAUUGAAGGAUGGGACCUUUUCUCGAAAAACUCCGGAUCCAGAGAAGAGUUGAAGAUGGUGCAACAUCGUUCCCCUCUACGUUCUGUUAAAAUGAAAAAACUUGCUAGAGCGAAAGCACUAACGCCAGAGCUUGGGCAAAGUGGGGACUCUGCGUGCCCUGAUUGA